UAGCAUAGCAAAUGUUAUAACAUUAUAUGUGAACAGUGUCUUGAAUUAUUGACUAGUGAAUUUUAAUGAAUAAAAAGUGACGUACAGCGCAUAUGGCGAAAACGUUUUAAAAGUGACGUUAUGAACUAAAGUGAUAACUCAACAUAAAGAAGAAGGAAUGAAAAUGAGCCAGCUCGGAACUGUUUAUGCGACCAAACGUCGACGUCGGAAUGGUAAAAGCAUCAAGACAACUCCGAAAGAAGGAAUCACCAAGAGCAAUCCCUCCAAGCGGCAUAGAGAACGACUGAACGCAGAAUUGGAUUUGUUGGCUUCUUUAUUGCCAUUCGAGCAAAACAUUCUAAGCAAAUUGGACCGUUUAAGCAUAUUGCGUCUGUCUGUCAGCUAUCUAAGAAUAAAAAGUUACUUCCAAGUUGUUAUGCACAAGGAAAAAAGCGAAAAUGGGAUGAUGCCACACGCAGUUUCCGAAGAUAACUAUCGUGCACGAGAUUUUACUUCUUAUGAUCACAGUUUCGUCGUAGACAGUGACAUGUUUUUACAGGCAUUGAAUGGUUUCAUAAUGAUAUUGACAUGUGAGGGAGAAGUUUUUUUUGCGACACACACGAUAGAGAGCUACUUGGGAUUCCAUCAGUCCGACAUUAUUCAUCAAUCGGUGUACGAACUAGUGCAUUCGGAAGAUCGAGAAGAGCUGCAAAAGCAACUGCUUUGGAAUUCUUUUUUACCGGCCGAUCUAUCUGGUAUUCAGCUAAGUGAAGCUCUCGUGCCCGAGAAAGACAAGCUGCUGGAGCGCAGUUUUACCGUGAGAUUUCGUUGUUUGCUCGAUAACACAUCAGGGUUUCUGCGUUUGGACAUCCGUGGCAGGGUUAAAAUCUUACAUGGUCAGAACAAGAAAAACGAAGAGCCACCGCUCGCCUUGUUCGCUUUCUGUACUCCAUUCGGUCCCCCUAGCUUGUUGGAAAUUCCUCCGAAGGAGAACAUGUUCAAGUCGAAACACAAGCUCGACUUUUCGUUGGUGUCGAUGGAUCAUAAAGGAAAAAACACGCUGGGAUACUCCGACUCCGAGUUGGCCAAUAUGGGGGGUUAUGAUCUUGUGCACUACGAUGAUUUGGCAUACGUGGCUAGCGCCCACCAGGAGCUAUUGAAGACCGGUGCAUCCGGAAUGAUAGCUUACCGUUAUCAGAAGAAGGACGGGGCUUGGCAGUGGUUGCAAACUAGCUCAAGGCUGGUGUACAAAAACUCGAAACCAGACUUUGUCAUCUGCACACAUCGGCAGCUGAUGGAGGAAGAAGGGCGGGAUCUACUAGGAAAGCGCACGAUGGACUUCAAAGUUAGUUACCUUGAUGCCGGCAUUUCAUCGACUUAUUUUGAGCCAGACCAGUUGAUCAUCAGUUCGAACAAUGCCAGCUCGCCGGGCUCUCCGACGACGUCCCAGCAACGUGCCAACCGACGGUACAAAACGCAGCUGAGGGACUUUCUUUCAACAUGUCGCCACAAACGUAAACUGCCCAGUCAAUGCACCGAACAACAGGUGCCUCCAAGUGUUUCGGUUGUCGACUACAUACCUGGCGGGGCGCCGGGAACAGCAGCAGCUGCCGCAGUCGUUGCAGCAGCUGCCUAUUCCAACUCUAUCAAUAGUGUGUACUCCCCGGCGACGCAUUUUGCUAGUAGCGGACCGGAUAAUGUCUACAUGGCAGGCCCAGUGCAUUCACCGAACUUUUAUCCGAUGCCCGAUAAUCUUUUCCACCAGUAUCGGCUGCAAGGUGUGAAUCUAGCUCUAAACGAACGAGGUUCCUUCGAGUUUCCCAAGUGCGAUAGCGGCAAACUGCAUGCCAAAGGUCUACUAAGAGAAACUUUCUAGGUGCACAUCACAAGAUCAGAUAAUAAAUGAACGUUUCCUUAAGGCGCCGAAU